AUGGCUGCAACCCUGGCCUCGUGGACAUGGGCGCUGCAGGUGCCCAGCAGGCUCCCAGGCUGGCUGGCCCUUGCCCUUCUGCCCGCGCUGAGCUCGGCUGCCUGGGGUUUCAAGAGCCAGCUUGUCAAGUGCUUAAAGGACCCCCAGUAUGAAGAGCUGGUGCAGCUGGCCCAAGGCGGACUGGGCAAGACGGCCGAGAAGAAAUGGAUUGUGGUGAUCGGGGCUGGCAUGGCUGGGCUCACGGCAGCCAAGACCCUGCAGGACGCUGGCCACCAGGUGACCGUGCUGGAGGCCUCAGGCCGUGUGGGUGGCAGGAUAGAGACCCACAGGGUGCCUGGGGCCCAGUGGUACAUGGAGCUGGCUGCCAUGCAGAUUCCAGCCAACCACAGGCUAUCACACAAGCUCAUCCGUAAAUUCAGCUGCCCCUGCAGUAACCAGACCUGGGUGCUGGUCAACGGGGUGCGGCUGCGCCUGGGGGACAUGCAGGCCAACUCCAGCCUACUGCACUACCCAGUCCGCGCGGAGGAGCAGGGCAAGACAGCUGAGCAGCUGUUCCUGCAGUCCCUGUGGAAGGUGCGGCUGGGCAGCCAGCAGGGGAGGGCGGGAGCUCAGGCCCAGCCUGCCCCGGCCCUGCGCGACGCCCUCCUGCCCGGGACUGUGCGGCUGCGCUCCCCGGCGCUCGAGGUAGAUGCGUCGGGAGACGGCCUGCGCAUCACGGCGCGGACGGCCGACCCGCUGCAGCACCACGUGCACCUGCUGGCCGGCUUCUUGGUGGUGGCCACGACCGCCAAGGCCACGAGGCUGCUGCGCUUCUGGCCGCCGCUGCGCCCGUCCAAGGAGAGUGCGCUGAGCCAGGUGCACUACAACAGUGCCACCAAGGUGGUGCUGGCCUGCACGCGGCGCUUCUGGGAGCUCGACAGCAUUGCCAGCGGCCGGGCCUGCACCGACCGGCCCUCGCGCUUCAUCUGCUACCCGAGCCGCGCCUGCGCGCACGCCGCGGGCGUCCUGCUGGCCUCCUACACCACGGAAGAGGACUUGGCCUUCUUCGCCGCCCUGGACGACGCACGCGCCGUGGACGUGGUGCUGGACGACCUGGCCGCGAUGCACACCCGCCCCAAGGCCGAGCUGCGGGCCCUGUGCCCUUAUGCCCACAUCCAGCGCUGGCGGCGGGACCCACACUCCAAGGGCGCCUUCGCCUUCUUUGCCCGCCACCAGUACGUGGACCAUGCCCAGGAACUCGCCCGACCCCAGGCCGUCCACUUCGCGGGUGAGCCCACGGCCCUGCCGCACGGCUGGAUCGACACGGCCAUCAAGUCCCGGCUCCAGGUGGCCAGGCGCAUCCAGGACGCCGUGGACGCGGCUUUGCAGAAGGACCCCGGGGACACAGCGGAAGGGAGCUGCUGGGCAACCCGCACGGCCGCCUCUCCAGGGGCAGCCCCUGGCGCACAGGUGCGAGCGCUGCUCCAUUGCACAGGGCGGGAAGGCCGAGUGCCAGGGGUCAGCUCGGCGGCCGGCGCUCCCAAGGCCACUGGUGGGCCCGCGGGGCGGCUCAGCAAUCAGGCCCUAGACGCUGAGACCACCACGGUGGGCCGGCGGCCGGACCGGGACCAGGCUUGCCUGCAGGCCCUGCAUUCUCGGAGUCAGGCCGGCUGGUUGUGUUUUGAAUUUAUAAGAGAAAACAGCAGUGAAAAAGUACCUGCUUCCCUGACCGGGAAUCGAACCCGGGCCGCGGCGGUGAGAGCGCCGAAUCCUAACCACUAG